UGAACACCUGUCAGAUAGUUCGGCUUUGACGAUUGAAAUCGGAUAGCAAUGGGCAAUUCAGCUCCUACCCUGAUAGGAAACCAAACAACACAGUGCGUGAAAGUACAAAGAUCUGCUGCCGCGAAACUCCAGUCAUUGUCAGAGUUCAUACGAGAGCAACAAAAGGAUGCCAAUAUUGCCAAGGCAACCUUUGGAUCCACAGGGAUUGUUGGUACAGGGAUGGUACUGGCCGGGACAGCUUUGGCCACGGGUAGAUUGUCCACGGCAAUUAUAGCUGUCGGAGUCACAGCUGGAAUCGCCAGUGGUGCCGGGGAAAUUGCAGUGUCCUGGUUUGAAUCUGAGGAGAUGAAAAAACGUAUUAAGGAGGUUCAGGAUAUUUUAGACAAGCUGAAAGAAGAAACACAAGGCUUAAUAGAGGCCUUAAGGCGGAACAAAAAAUAUAGAUAUGUUCCAGACUACGACACGUUAGUAAGAAAUAAAACCAAAUUAGAUUAUACCAAGAAAUGUGGAAGACAUGCAACAAGGGCACUUUCAGUGAUCAAUGCAACACUACGAGUCCAGUGGAUGGCCAUUGGCCUAAAGCCAGAAGCGGUUUGUAUCAAAGACAUCGCUAAGUUCCGGCGAGGGAUCUCUGCCCUACGGAAGGUAAAGGCUGGUAAGGUGAUAAAAUCUGCUGGCGUUGCAGUAGCCGGUAUCAGCUUGGCUAUCGACAUUAAGGAUGUUUUGAAGAAUCUCAGCGAUGUCAAAGGCAAUGUGUCAGAAGUCGCCGAUGUUGUUGAAAAGAUGGCCGAAAUACUUGGCGCUGUGUGAAGCUGUCAUUGUGGUUGACAAUUCUUGAACAUUCCGAAAAAAGUGAACUUAAUUGUUUUUCAGUGUGUUUCACAAGAUAUUGGGAAGACAAGGAAUUCAGAUGUUCAGUUAUUUAACUAAUUGCACGAAGGUAAAACAUUUAUGAUUCUUUAAACGUUUUACAGCAAUGGUUGUCAAAGGUCACAACAGACUGUAGAGGAAUUGAGGGCGACCACCGUGGGGUAACCGCGCUCAUGGCCUAUUGUUCUGAUUUAUAGUGAUGUUUCAGUGCGUCACUGCUCAAAUGAAUGUUGUCACUGAGGGACACAAUGGUCAUGUCGUCUGGGGCUCCGAAAUUCCUGGUGCGGAGUUGCGUCCCUUAGGUGUGCCAGGACUUCAGGACUUUCUCCUAUAUUAAGCUGACACACCGUGAUAUAAAUACUGUAGACAUCAGCAUAAACUCCACUCAGUUUAUAUUUUUGAAUAUGAAGGACAAAAAUAUUAUUUGAUUGCUCAACCUAUUUAAAGAUGUACAAUAAAGCGACAAAUCCAUUUCCACAAUUAAAAGAAAGCUCUACUUAAAUCAGAGUCCAUUGUACGAUUCCGACUAUAUCAAAGCAUAGUUUAAUGAAUCACUAUAAAAUAGCGAUAAUACCAGGUGUUCGCGAAAAGGUGCCACACCGUUGGCACCCGUCACGACACUCGUUAAGACGUUAGAACUUUAGUGAGUGAAUGAAUGAGUUUUAGCAAUAUUCCAGCAAUAUCACGGCGGGGACACCAGAAAUAGGCUUCACAUAUUGUACCCAUGUCGGGAAUCGAACCCGGGUCUUCGGGGUGACGAGCGAACGCUUAAAGCACUAGGCUACCCGACCGCCCCUUAGAACCAUAGCUUGACAACAUCUCAUGUGUUGUUUUGCAUGACAAACAACCGCCAUUCAAACUGUAAUACAUUGAAGUCUUGAGGUCUUGAGAUCUGUUCAAAUUAGUGAGAAACAUGAUCGAUUUGUACAGCAUCAGACAAGAGCCAUUGAACUUCUUUUCGCCUCUGGAUGAUAUAAUUGUAAGUUUCGUUUCUGUGAAAACAUAUAUCAGUUUUCUGGAACAUAGUAUCGUUAGAAACGAAUAGUUAUGCGUAUAAAUAGUUCCAUAUCCAAAAUUGAUUAUACAGUUACUGACAAAAGUUUAUUGCUACAACUUUGAAUUGACAUAUUUAUGCAUUUCUGAUGAAUAUGUCUCUUAAUGUUAAUCUGAUUUGGUUGUAUCACAAUAGCCAAUCUGUUUCAGUUUCAGUAAAUAUUUUACGACAUUUUCGCGUCUCGAUUCAUUAUUUUGUUAGCGGUUGCCGCUAAGUAUCGCAUGUCGACUUGCGAGCGCGGGGAUUCCUCGUCGAUGUCGUGUCCAUGUACUAUGACAUUGUGGAACUCAUUGCGAUGACGGAAAUACAGUGUUACCAGCAUAUGCCCAAUUUGUUUUCCCAGCUGUACAGCUGUUCUAUGGAAUAUAUUUAUUUUAUGAAAAAUAAAUAAAUCUAGAAACGCAUACAAAAGCAAGUCUAGCCAGCUCAAGCUAUCAGCAUAGGGCAUUUUUUUAAUUUUUAGAGUCAGGAAGGAUAUUGUGUAAUAUAAGAUUUCAGAGACUAAAUGUUAGUCUAAGAACCUGGGUGUGAUGUAAAAAUCAAGGAAUAAAUGGUAUUGAACUACAUAGAUUUGACAUUUACAUCCCAUGGGAUUCGAGAAUGAUUAUUCCCUGACGAUGACGUUUUGAAUGUACAUUUUUACGUAUUUGGCGACUAUGUACAUAUUUACGUAUUUGGCGACUAAAUGUAAUCUUGUUUUGUUGUUUAACAACGCACUCUAGCUAUAUUCCAGCUAUAUGACGGUGGUCUGUAAAUAAUCGAGUCUGGACCAGACAAUCCAGUGUCAGGAGGUCAGGCUCGAUGCCAUCAUACCCCUGCAUAAAUUAGCAAACAAGACAAAGAGCGUCCUGUGAAGCAAUUAAUGUUUUAUUUUUGUUGGUGUUGUUUAGGGGCGGUCGGGUAGCCUCGUGGUUAAAGUGUUCGCUCGUCACGCCGAAGACCCGGGUUCGAUUCCCGACAUGGGUACAAUGUGUGAAGACCAUUUAUGGUGUCUCCCGCUGUGAAAUUGCUGGAAUAUUGCUAAAAGCGGCGUAAAACCAUACUCACUGACUGACACUUGUGAUGUUUAGGGAGGGAUUUAAUACAAUUUGAACUGCAUCGAUGUCUGAAAUAUAAUAGAAAUCGGCACAAGACACUUCUUAUACCCACUUUUAAUACUAUUGUUGCGAGGAGCUUAGCAAAUCAGUCAUGUGGGUUGUAUUGUUAAUACAUGUAUUAUCUCUACGAGCCAGCCCUUGAAUCACAGUACGGCUGGUGAAAUGUGGCGAUAUGAUAUUUGGGUGUUUCAAUGUCAGUUGUCCUGUUCAUUUAGAGAUAUAAACAAUAAAA